AUGGCUGCCCCCGAUGUCGCUGCCACCCCCGGCGUUCAGACCGGCAAGGUGAAGUGGUUCAACAGCACCAAGGGCUUCGGGUUCAUCACUCCCGAUGAUGGCGGAGAGGAGCUUUUCGUCCACCAGACGAGCAUCAAGGCGGAGGGCUUCCGCAGCCUCGACGAGAACGAGGUCGUCGAGUUCACCAUCGAGACCAGCGAGGACGGCCGCACCAAGGCCGUUAACGUUACCGGCCCGGCUGGAUCCUACGUGAAGGGCGCUCCCAGGCGCGACGGCUACGGCGGCGGUGGCGGCCGUUUCGGCGGCGGCGGCUUCGGCGGCCGUGGCGGUGGACGCUUCGGCGGCGGCCGCGGCGGCGGACGGUUCGGCGGCGGACCCGGCGUGUGCUACAACUGCAACAUGCCCGGACACCUUGCUCGCGACUGCCCGACGCCUGCCGUGGGCGGCGGCGCCGGUGGCGGUGCCCCCCGUACUUGCUACACGUGCAACCAGCCCGGCCACAUCGCCCGACUUGUUGGCUCGUUAUGGAGGGCUCGUUUCCGCGAGGGCUCGCUCGGGAGGGCUCGUUCCCGCAUGGGCUCCUUUGGAAAGCACCGGAGGCACGACCGCUGUCGGGAAGAACGAGGGCUGUCGCUCUCCGUCACGCUCGUCUUUCUCGUCGCGUCAGGCCUGCUUUCACGUGUCCCCUCCCCUGCAGCUGCUGCUGCUCAGCCGAUUUCCGCUUCCCAAGCCGGAGUUCUGGAGAGCUGUCAGCAGGCCUGGGGGCGGACCUUUCCAGGCUGGGCGGCAGGGAGUGACUGUAUCGAAGCCCAGGGGCUCGUGUGUGACUCUGACGGGGGGAUUGUGUCCAUCACGUUGAACAGCUCUGGGCUUGCGGGCUCCAUUCCAAAGGCCAUCUUCACUCUCACCAGCCUCAAGUCCCUGGACCUAAGUCACAACUACCUGAAUGGCUCCAUUCCCCAGUCUUUAGGUUCGGCCAAUCAAGUAACGAGCUUAAAUCUGAGCGGCAACAACUUAGAGGGCUUAAUUCCUCCCACGCUCGGCCUUCUGACCAGCCUUGCCUCACUUCAUCUUGGGAGCAACGCCUUGGACGGCACAUUGCCAAUGGAGCUCACUUUUCUUUCUGCCAUUUCAUACAUGAACUUGACUGGAAAUAGAGUAAGAGGUCGAAUCCCAGGAGGCAUAUCCCAACUCAGUGAACUCGCAUUCUUGGACCUCUCAGGCAACCAGCUUGAUGGGUCGAUUCCAGUAUCCAUUGGCAACCUUGCCAACCUUGUUGAAUUAAACCUCAGCAGCAACACUUUGGCAGGCAGCAUUCCCAACCGCCUCUACGGCCUCUCUGCUCUGCGAUCCCUGUCACUUUCUGGGAACCUUCUGUCUGGAUCUUUGUCUUCUAGUGUGGCGUCCUUGGCUGCCCUGCAGUCUCUGUAUUUGGGUCAAAACAACUUCACAGGAUCCCUCCCACCCGUUCUGGGUCGACUUACGAAUCUGACUCUCCUAAGCUUCGACCAAUCAGGGCUGUCGUGCCCGACAGCUGGUGCCGAUUGUGUGGUGAAGCAAGCUACAAGCACCGGGUUCUGCCAGGCCUGUGUUGACUUGUGCUCCCAGUGCAUCCAUAACUCAAGCUCAGCUCCCAACCCUCCAUCCACGAACCCCCCGCCUGUGCCACCGUCACCACCACUAGCACCUGAUCCAAACUCCCCAUCCUCCCCCCCCUACUCCUCCUCCUCCUCCUCCUCUCUUUCCACGGGAGCCAUUGUCGGCAUUGCUGUUGCUGUUGUGCUGCUGCUACUGGUGGUGGCGAUGCUGCUGGUGAUGCAUGCGCGGGGGGUUCUGCCAUGCUUGCAGCACAGAGGGAGGGGGGGGAGCAGGGCCUUUGGGACAAGGGCAACGAUGACAGCUGGAUGGUUCGGAGGUGGAUAUCGCCGCCACAGCCGCAGCCACAGCAGCCACACCAGCGCCGGGCCAGCAGCGGACACGUCACCGCAAGUGUGUCAGCGCUACGCGCUUGCUGACGUGGCACGCGCCACUGCCAACUGGGCGGAUCGCAAUCUCAUUGGCAGCGGCGGCUUUGGUGACGUGUACCGGGGGGUGUGCCCGACUGAUCCCGGGGUUGUGUGGGCCGUGAAGCGCGCUCGAGUCCUCACCAAGGACUUUCAGAGAGAGGUGAACGCCAUGGCAUCGAAGCACCACCCCAACCUGGUGAGGCUGCUGGGGUUCUGCAUCGACUUCAACGCGGGCACGGAGGAGAUGGAGCAGGUGGUGGUGUAUGAGUUCAUGGAGAACGGCGAUCUCGACCGUUGGAUCGGAGACGAGGCACCCAAGCCGCUCUCCCUGCUGGAGCGUGUGAACAUUCUCAUCGGCGCUGCCCAUGGGAUAGAGUACCUCCACAGCUUUGGCAUCGUGCACCGCGACAUCAAACCCGCCAACAUCCUGCUGGACGGCAAGAUGAAUGCUAAAAUCGCUGACUUUGGGCUGCUGAGGGAGGGAGAGGGCAGCACAGUGGGCAACACCAGAGUGAUGGGCACACCGGGCUAUGUGGACCCUGCUUACUUCAAGUCACAGAAAGCUACCCCGAUGGCAGAUGUGCACAGCUUCGGAGUGGUGAUGCUCGCGGUGAUAACAGCACAACAUGCAGUGCGCGACCAGCGUGACACGGGGAGAGUCAACCUCAAAGCAUGGGUGGCACCUCUAGUUGCUGCCCAUGAGGUGGCAUCCUUCAAAGAUCCUCGCCUCGAGGGACCUGCUGACCUCAUCCUCCGCCUCGCUGAGCUGGCGCUGAGCUGUACGGCCAUGCCGACCGCAACGCGGCCGGAUAUAAUGCGGAUUAUUGGAGAUCUCAAGGCGAUGCGUGCUGAGUUGACAGGUGGCGAUGUGGACGAACGAGCGGUCAGGAUUGACUCUGAGCUGGCGAUUGGUGUGGGAGAGACGUUGGAGGAGCAGAUUAUGAGGGUGGAGAGCAUGGGGGAUGGUGAUAGAGGAGGAAUUGAGGAAGACAUACCAGAUGGUGGUGGUACACAGUGA